AUGGUCAUUGUCAGUACCAAGGUGACCCUGAGAACAAUGGCACUGACAUCAGGGAAGGCCAUCUGCAUGGAUGUCGGGGUAUUGGCAUCACUGAGUGUGAAAAACACGGCUAAGGAGUGCAGAAGGGGUGAUGAAACAGCCCAGCAAGAAGAGGAAGCUGAGCAAGGGUUCUCAGGAGCAGCUGGACCAGGAUCGAUGCUUGGCCUCUCAGUGGUUGCAGAGGAGGCAUGGUCCUGGGAGCAGUACCUUCAGGAACAGAAGGCAGUAGCUGCGCCUAUUGAGCUGUUUUCCAGGGAUCAGUCCUUUCCAGAAUAUGAAAAUGGUUUUCAGAUUGGAAUGAGACUGGAAGGCGUUGAUCCCCGACAUCCGUCUGUGUUCUGUGUGCUCUCUGUGGCUGAGGUGUGUGGUUACCGUCUAAGACUUCAUUUUGAUGGUUAUUUAAGCUGCUAUGAUUUUUGGACUAAUGCUGGUUCUCCUGACAUCCACCCAGUGGGGUGGUGUGAAAAGACCAAACAUGAACUGCACAUUCCCAAGGGUUAUAGAAAAGAUAAAUUUGUUUGGAUGGAUUACUUGAAAGCCUGCAAACUGCAAAAUGCGCCAAAGAAAUUAUUCAGAAACAGAAGUUCAAAUCGGCCAACACCUAAAGAGUUUCGGGUUGGGAUGAAGCUGGAGGCCAUUGACAGGAAGAACCCAUCGCUGGUGUGUGUGGCGACCAUCGCCGACAUUGUUGAAGACCGCUUGCUAGUGCAUUUUGACAACUGGGAUGAUAGUUACGAUUACUGGUGCGAUGUGAAUAGUCCUUAUGUUCAGCCAGUUGGUUGGUGUCAGAAGAAUGGGAGAACUUUGGUAGCACCCCAAGGUUAUCCUAAUCCAGAAAAAUUUUCCUGGACAGAAUAUCUAGAAGCUACUCAAACUCAUGCAGUUCCUGCCAAAGUUUUCAAAAUGAGGUCACCUCAUGGUUUUCUGCCAAAUAUGAGACUUGAAGUAGUGGAUAAACGGAACCCUAGAUUGAUUCGUGUUGCUUCAAUUAUAGAUGUUGAUGACCAAAGAAUAAAGGUUCAUUUUGAUGGCUGGGACCAUAAAUACGACUACUGGAUAGAUGCUGACAGUCCUGACAUCCAUCCUGUCGGGUGGUGUGACGUGACUGGGCACCCACUGGAAGUGCCGUGCAGAACAAAUGAUGUGAAAAUCCUUCCAGGUCAAGCUGUCUGUCCCACUCCAGGGUGCCGAGGAAUAGGCCAUAUCCGGGGUCCACGUUAUUCAGGACAUCACAGCGCUUUUGGCUGCCCAUAUUCAGACAUGAACUUGAAAAAGGAGACAACGCCUCAUGAUCGUUUGAAGGAGCAAACGCAGACAAAUUUGGAAUCAGACUCUACACAGUCAAAACAGAAAAACCUCCGUAGUUUGAACUUCAAUGGAAAACAUCAGUCCAGAUUUUAUUUCUCUUCUUUGCCCAGACUUGUACAGCAGGCAAAGUGUUUGAAAAUCAAAGGAAAAGAAGAUAUUGACUUGGAUAAGCUCUUCAGAGAAUACUCAGCCGAGCAGAUUCAGCAGGCGCUUCACCAGUCGGUCUUUAUGUCCUCCAUGUUUGUCCACCCUUUCCGGGACCUCCCCCUGAACAGGGAGCGGCACUGUAAGCUGCUUCCAGGCGUGGCGGACAUCCAGGCCAACCAAGUGCCCCAGUGGACGGUGGAUGAGGUGGCUGAGUUUGUGCAGUCUCUUCUGGGCUGUGAAGAACAGGCUAAAUGCUUCAGGAAAGAGCAAAUUGACGGCAAAGCCUUCCUGCUUCUGACACAGACGGACAUCGUCAAAGUGAUGAAGAUCAAACUGGGCCCCGCACUGAAGAUCUACAACGCCAUCCUGAUGUUCAAGAGCUCCCAGGAUCUUACUGAGGAAGACCUUGCCCAAGGCCAGGUCAGGGCAUAG